AUGCCGCACAAACUCUCAUUCUGGGAGACGGUGGAUGCUUUCCUGGGCUGGAUCUCCGUUGCAGGCGCAGGAAUUAUUUAUGCUGCCAUCGCCGGUCCGUUUCGCGGCCGCUCUGGAGCAGAUACCUACCACCAUCACAUCAUCCAAGCGGCUACUAAGAAGGUACUGUAUCGCCAGUGCGGGGGCAAGUACAAAUGGCUGAUCUGGACCAGCUCACUACAAGAUUCAGUCCACUACAGCUACAGUACGAGCCCCGAAUGCUCACCAUUGCCGGAGAAAAAUGGAAUCCAGCCCCAUUUUGUAUCCACCGACCGCGGGGUAAAGGGGUUCUGGAUUGGAAAUCCGUCAGCCAAGUAUAUUAUCAUUAAUUUCCAUGGUGGAGGGUUCGCCAUGGAUGCGACGGAGCCGUAUCUCUAUUUCUGGCCAAAUAUCCAGAAAGCUCUUGCAGAUUCUGGUAUAGAAACAGCGUGGUUCUAUAGCACAUAUACGCUCACCCCGAACAAGGCGUACCCUUUUCAAUUUGUCGAAGCAGUUGAGACUCUGCGAUACGUAUUGGAGGAUCUUGGACGGUCACCUAAAGAGGUCAUUAUAGCGGGCGACUCGGCCGGCGCAAGCUUAUGCUUAGCGAUUCUGUCACACUUGAAGCAUCGCUCAGUGGACGUGCCAGAACUCACAGUUGAGGAGCCGCUCAAAGGAGCUAUUCUGCUAUCUCCCUGGGUAUCCUACAGCCAUGAGUGGCCAAGCAUGAAACUAAACAAACACAAAGAUAUUGAUUCAGCGGUGGUCACUGAGCGCUGGUCUAAGUUAUAUCUGGACGGCCAACCGUCUGACUACUACAUAGAGGCAGUCAAUGCACCAGAAGAGUGGUGGAAUGGUAUCCAAGUGGAACAAACUUUGGUACUUGCUGGUGCGGACGAGGUUCUGCUGGAUCCAAUCAGGACUUGGGUUUCGAAGUUCAAAAAGUCAAACCAGGACACUACCCUCAUCCUUGGUGAAAACGAAUGCCAUGUUGCACCUCUUAUCUGGCCCAUGUUUGGUGACAACCAUGAGACUGAACAGGGGCGUGCUUUAAAGCAUUGGUUACUUGAGCGCCUGGGCUAG